AUGUUGUUCAAAGGCGCCUUGGUGGGUGGUCUGCUCGCUGCUGGACACGCAGCUGCCUUCAAGGGUGCCCAGGUCAACGCGCUCCUUCAACCCGGUGAUGAUGUGGAGGAAGUACUGCGAAGGGACGCAGAACUGAUGGCUACCCUCACUCGACGACAAGACGCAAAUGCACCAGACACUGCACCUCUCGCAUCGUUAACGCCCGCAUCUGGUGACGCAUCGAAAGGCAACCUUGCGGAAUGGGAAAAACAAACGCGAGAAGCUUGUAUGAACACGCUAGGAAGUCUCAACGGUCAAGCGUCAAAUCCAAGCGGAAUUGCCGUAUGCUACAAUGUUCCAUUCCUCGACAACCAGACCGGCGUCUUCCAGGCUGAGUUGCGAAUGUACAACGUAUCAGCGCCCGUGAACCCAUGGGUUGGCGUGACCGCUGCCGAUUGCAGCAUGACAUUGUCAUACCUCGGCGCUACGGUGCAGAACAUGAACGCCAACCUUACGAAGCGAGACAUUAGCUGGCCGCCAAUGGGCGCAGCAGAACCUCGUGGUGGGCUUCUGGUGGAGAGGCAGGACAUCAAGACCAUGACGGAGCUCAAGGUGCUGAUGUACGUUGGCAGAGUGAACAGCAACCUCAUGGGUUCUGCUAUGACCAAAGAGGCUCUCCAACCCCUCCUCAUCCCGCAAAUUGACCUCUCCGCCCGGAAUCCCCUUACCAACCAAGAUAUAGAAACAACGCUCUCCUCCCAGGAGGCUUCUUUCGUCAAUGGGAUUUUCUCAAAGGCAGCCAGUGGUCCUACCAAUGCCGACCCCCAAGCCGCAGCAUCUGCCUCAGCCGCCGUAUCCUCUGCUGCACCGUUCGUCGUCCCUGGAACUUCGUUGGCUUUCUUCCCAAUCGGUCUUGUCGUCACCUCAGUCUGGGCUCUAUUCUUCUUCCUGGCCGUAGGGCUAGGCACGUACGGUCGCAUCCAAUACCGCGAUCAGUACCGAAGGCGCGUGAGGGCUGAGGAGGCGCGAGGUGUGCGCACCAUCUAA